AGCCCACUGUGAUUUGCUUUGGACGCAAGGCUGUCUGCUACAAUCUCUCUCCCUCUCUCUCUAAGGAACGAAACUGGUUGAAGCGUCGAAGCACAGACUAACAAUCCUCCAUGGCAUCGUCAUCGAGCAGCGGACUCACAUUCAAGCUCCACCCUCUGGUGAUCGUCAAUAUCUCUGAUCACUAUACUCGAGUGAAGUCGCAAGAACACUUUGCUCCUCCCAAAACCAACGGAGACGCAUCGUCGUCGCUUCCAUCUUCACCCCCUAGGGUUUUCGGGUGCGUCAUCGGAGUCCAGAGAGGACGAACAGUUGAAAUCUUCAACAGUUUCGAGCUCCUCUAUGACCCAUCAACCGAUUCCCUUGACCGUCCAUUCCUCGAGAAGAAGCAAGAACUCUAUAAAAAGGUUUUCCCUAAUUUCUACAUUCUCGGUUGGUACUCGACGGGAAGCGAUGCACAGGAAUCGGACAUGAGCAUUCACAAAGCUUUGAUGGAUAUCAAUGAGAGCCCGGUGUAUGUCCUUCUGAAUCCUUCAAUCAAUCCUGCACAAAAAGAUCUCCCAGUGACCAUAUACGAAAGUGAAUUGCAUGUCAUUGAUGGGAUUCCACAACUGAUUUUUGUUCGUGCAAACUAUACUAUUGAGACUGUUGAAGCAGAGCGAAUCUCAGUUGAUCAUGUUGCACAUCUUAAACCAUCUGAUGGAGGCUCAGCUGCAACUCAGUUGGCUGCACAUCUUACUGGUAUACAUAGUGCCAUCAAGAUGCUGAACAGCAGAGUGAGGGUGCUUCACCAUUAUCUUCUUGCCAUGCAAAAGGGUGAUAUUCCUUGUGAGAACUCAUUGCUGAGGCAAGUUUCAAGCCUCCUAAGAAGAUUGCCUGCAAUUGAAUCAGCGAAAUUUCAAGAUGAUUUCUUAAUGGAAUACAAUGACACACUCUUGAUUACUUAUCUUGCUAUGUUCACCAACUGUGCAAGUACCAUGAAUGAACUGGUGGACAAAUUCAACACUGCAUAUGACAGGCAUAGUAGGAGAGGGGGUCGGACUGCUUUUAUUUAGAAUUUGUGAUUGUGCAUAGCUCCUCUCACCUUAGCAUUUUCUUAAACCAGGCUGGUAGCUAUUAUCAUUUGUGUGGCCAGAGACAGGUGUCAUGUAAAGUCAAGGAUCAUGUACUUGGGAUUAACAAGAAGAGAAAGAAAAGGUUUUAGUUUGAUUUAAUUAAUUAUCAGAGCAGAGGUUAUUUUCAUUGC